UCUCUUAGGAAAAUAAGAAACGUCCAUAUAAAAUAUGGAGUGGAGAUAGACAAAAACGAAAAUCUGUUAUGGCCGCCUCACUUAAAGAAUUAAAAGAAAAAGGAGGUGAUAAAUUAGGUUACAGUACUUGGUCUGAUUUGAAAGUAGUAAUAGAAAGUGAUGGCACAGAAGUGGAAGAUGACAACUACCUUCACGUUGUAGAACGUGACACAGUAUUACAACUGCUCUGUCCGGAAGAAACAUGGUUACCUCCUGGUGUAGAAGCAUUGAGAGCAGCUAUUGCAGCCAUUCCACGCAUUGUGUAUAAUGCUAUUAAUAGUAUGGAGUUAGUUGAUAAAGAACCAUCGUGGAAAAUAAUGGAUAACAGAGGAAGAGUUACAGUUGUACUCCAUUGGGAUCAGAAGGAUAUUCAAAAGUCAUCGGAGCCUGAACCAACUAUCAUUACUUCAGAUUCUUCAUGGAAGGUUGAGGUUGUAUCAAAAGAUAGUCAGAAUGAAGCCAAUGUAAGAGAGAGAUCUGAGGCUAGAAAAUUUUCUAAAGUUAGUUUUGAUGGCAUUGCUUCUAGACCAACAAUAGUAAUCAACGAAAAUCAACCAGGUGAUGAGGAACAGUCUGAAAGUCCGAAUCAAAACGAUCAUUUAGAUUGUGACUUUCAUUGUUCCGGUUUACACGAUGGUGCUAAAAUACAAAUAAAUAGAUCGGCAGCUACCUCUCCAAUUCCCGAGGGAACCGAAGUGCCAAGAAAGGAAUGUAUUGCAAUCCAAAAGAGAGACUUUUCGAAAAAUCAAGUCACAUUAAUCAAUAUACCCAAAGAAAAUAAAGAGGAGGGUAAUGAAAAUUCUAAUGUGGAAGACGAGCAGCUUUCUGAAAGAUAUUUACUCCUUGUUGAUCAAUUGUCUCUAGAGAGAAAUCGUCAUUUAAAUCUAGUUGAUAUUGGAAUAAUUUUAGAUCAGUUAAGCUCUAAGAUAAUAGAUGUUGAUCAUUUAGAAAGAGAACAGGAAAGUUCUGAUGUUCAUAAUUGGACCAUCAAAGCAACAAUUCGUGGCGAUGUUCUUCAAGAAAUAGGUGUAGUGUACAAUGGGCAAUAUUAUGGUAUUAUGGAACAUCCAGGUUACUUUUAAUAUCUUAUUUAUAGUAAUAAAAUAUAGACAUGUUUUAGAUUUGGUUAGUGAUAAUUGAUGUAAUAGAUGAUAAUAUAAAUUUCAGGUAAUAUACAAUUACAUAUUGAAAUUAGAAUUUUCAGCUAAGCAAAUAUUUCAAGAAAAGAAUGAUAAUGCUCAAUGAGAUUGACAAUACAUUGUUGUGAUAUUUUUGUUGUUUCAAAUAUGAUAGAUUAUUCAAUAUUCAUAUAGGACUCUUAAACAAAUUGUACAAAAUCUUGUAAUGUUGCUUUUUGAAGUUAUAUAGCCUUUACGCUAAAUACUAUAAUUGAAUUCAAAUUUUUACAAAAGUUGAUGUUUGAAAAAACUAAUUGAUGUUGGUUACAGAAAAAGUUUAUGAGAUUGAAUCAAACAAAAUUUUAUAUUGAAUUAUGUGAAUUGAGAAAAAUAACUGAUGAAAUAUCAAAGAUGUUGUAAUAAUAUUGCACAAAAAAAUAUCUAUGGUUGAUAUCUAAUUACUGAAGUUAUAAUUUUUUUGAAAAAUUUGAAAAGUUAUAACAGAACAAGAUUCAAAAUUGGUAUCUUUGGAUAAUAAGCCCAAACAUCCUAUCAUAUGCUAUUUGGCAAAGGAAUAUAUUUUGGAGUUUUAAAGUUUAAACUUAUGAAUUGAAGUGCCUAGCAGAAUUUGUUGCAUAUUAAGUUCUAAUAUUUGAUAAAUGGCCAUUGUGAUUAAAAUGAAUUAAAGCGCAAUGUAACAUAAUAAUGAUCACAAAAAUAUUCUUCAAGGUGAUAUCAAAUAUAAGAAUAAAAUUUAUAAACAAUUUGCAAGGUAGGAAUUUAAGCCUAGUAUUUAUAGAUAACAACAAAAAAGUUUUAUCAGUUGUUGUAAUGCUGCAUAUUGUUGAAUCAAUGUAAAAUUCAGAUUAAUUGUAAAUAUUGUUAUUAUAUCAGUUACUAAUUGGAAACUAAUUGAACAGCUAUUCCUAAAAUUUAAAAUUCCAAAAAAUAUUUCUAAAUAUUCCAUUAGAUCAUUUAUAGAGCAUUGUACUUGGUAUUCAAAAAGGUACCAAGUUUAAAUUUUGAUCUGGAAAACUGUUGAAAUUUUUCAAAAAUUUAAACCUAAUAUAUACUUUAACAUUUCAUCUACUAUGCUAAUAUAAUGUUUAUCUAGAGAACUAAUUUCUCUAGAAUGCAUUUUAAACUGAGAGAUAUAAAAUUUUUAAAUUUUCAAGCAUGUUGAAUAAUGAUUAAAAAAUGAACAUUUGAGAAAAGCUUGUUCUUCAAAAUAUAUUAUUAAAAGAUUUGUGUGGGGUAAGAUUUUUGUUACAAAAUUUUUAUAUUUGAAAUCAUACCAUGUGUUAAGAAAUGUUUUUAAUAUUACUUAUGAGGUAUCCUGAUAAGUUAGGAAUCUUUGAACAAUAUAAAUUAAAAUGAAAUUAUUUAAGGAAUUAAUCAGUGAUUU